CAAUAGAAAAGAAAGGCCAAGUCUUAGAGAAUACCAUAAGAGAAACAGCCCAAGACAUAAAUGAUCUGCUUGAAAGGGAAUUUAAAGCUGCAGCUCAAAGAGGUCAAUGUUUAGAGGAAACAGCUCGAGACGAAUCAAACGACAUCAAAGGUCAGCUGGAAAAAGUGCAUCAAUCCUUAGAGAGGCUGAGCUCCUCCCUUCACAGCUCUCAAACAUCGCUAGCAUCUGAGGAUGUACCGGCACCUGAUUUUGACAGGGAAAUUAUCGUGAAGACGUACAGUGGAAAGACCGUGAUUACAAUAGAGACUGAACCGGAUAGUGUCCGAGCUUUGAAGAGAGAAAUUAGGAACGAAACAAGAAUACCCACAGACCAGCAACAUAUUACUUUUAAUGGCAACGAACUAGAAGAUGACCGCACUCUUGAAAGCUACGGUAUAAGAGAUGGAUCAGUAUUAUACAUGCGUCCUUACCUUUUAGAUGUACCGACACCUGAUUUUUACAGGCAAAUUUUCGUGAAGACGCACAGUGGAAAGACCGUGAUUACAAUAGAGAUUGAACCGGAAGACACUGUCCAAGUUUUGAAGAGAGAAAUAAGGGACGAAACAGGAAUACCGAACAACCAGCAACAUAUUACUUUUAAUGGCAACAAACUAGAAGAUGACCGCACUCUUCACAGCUACGGUAUUAGAUAUGAAUCUGUAUUGUACAUGCGUCCUUACCUUUUAGAUGUACCGGUAUCUGAUUUUGUCCCGAAAAUUUUCGUGAAGACGCACAGUGGAAAUACCGUGAUUACAAUAGUGAUCGUACCGGGACUCACUGUCCGAGCUUUGAAGAGAGAAAUAAGGGACGAAACAGGAAUGCCGACCAACCAGCAACAUAUUACUUUUGCUGGCAACAAACUAGAAGAUGACCGGACUCUUUCCAGCUACGGUAUAAGAGAUGGAUCAGUAUUAUACAUGUGUCCUUACCGCGAGGCUCGUUGUUGCAAGAAGUGCGUAGUAAGUUGAUUGAAAUACAUUUACAUCACCCUAGGCUCGAUUUCGGCCGCUUUCUCUAGUCCGGUCUACGUUCCGCUCCUUUC